AUGUCGACACUUUCGCAUCAGAUACAGAAGAGCAAGGGUUUUGGCUCUGUUUCGCAGAAACCACGAAAGAGCUUCGAAGAAGACCCUUGCAUCGAAAACACUCCACUCCGAUCUUACCAAGAUGUUUCCAUCAUGGCAAAAGUGCGCUCAAAGACUACCGUAGUCCUCCAUGAUGUCGAAGUCACGGGCACUUGCGUUUGCGACGAGCAACCUCAGCAUGGAAUCAAUACAAGAGAAGUCCCAAACAUCGGUCUUUAUCCGCAAUUCGACAAUCCGAUCCCUCUCUAUGAAACCGUCAAAGCGCAAGCGAUUCAGAAGAAUAAGUUUGUCAUGAUCAAGGGGACAUUCGACAGAGGCCAGGUCGUCAAAGACUUCGCUCUUGAGCAAGCUGCUCAACUUCAAAAUGCCAAUCAUCCAAAUUUGCUGAAUUACAUCGAUCAUUUUAUCGAAGAACCAUCUUGGGGCCCUCAUCCUAACUCAAACAUGAUAUUCCUCGUGACCGAAUAUGCAGAAGGAGGCACAUUACGAGAGUUCCUCGAUGACACCAAGCGAGCCAACCGAAAACUCGAUCUGAAAACAAUCGGUCUGAUAGCUGCGCAAAUUAUCAUCGCGCUAGAAUUCUGCCAUGGAAGAGGUUUCAGCCACGAAGAACUUGAGCCGGCAAACGUUUUUCUUUGCAAAGAUAAGAUAUGCGUGAAGCUUGGCAACCUUGGCAGUGCGUCUCAUUUGCCGGAUAGUAUCUACAAUCCGGACGAGUUCAUCAAAGUUCCAUAUGAAACACCACAAGAGAUUCGUGGGGAUAAGUUAUCGAAGAAGAAUUCUAGCUCCGAUAUUUUCCGGUUUGGGAUGAUUCUCCAAGAGAUGAUCACCCUUCGACACGCUUUUUACACCCCAUAUGGCGGAAAUAAUGACUUGAAUGAGCUUAGAGACAAUAUUUUAAUGGGAUCUCGAGACAAUGUGCGUGUUGGAAGAGGCGCUGAUGUUGAUGAUUUCAAGGACCUGCUAAAAGUCGCUGAAAAAUGCCUAAAUAAGGAUCCAAUUCUUCGGCCUACUGCAGGAGACCUCGCUAGCGAUCCAUCCUUUGCCGAGUACAUCGACCAGCUCAAACGACGCACAACUAUCACCGCUGCCGACCUUUUGCGAAACGAAAACAUUAUUCCUGCUGCGAUCCGAAAUCGAAUUGCCCCUAGAAAACCACCUAUCCGCAAUUUCGGCCUACAAGACAAGCACUUCAAAAUCUUUCAAAAGCUGAAAGCGGAGGGCUGGUUCACGGAUACUGACGAGUUUGAUGGAAGACCGACAAUUCAUAAGCGAGAAAAGCUCAUUCCGAUGGUGUUGGAAGGUGGUUUGCAGAAAUUCAAUCUCAAGAGCCCUUACGAUUUCGAUGUGUCUCAUGGAAGCUUCAGGGUUGUCGGAGUGGACAAUCCAAUCGCAAAUGAAAGGAAAACAAAGAAUGACUACUCUCUUACUAUCUGUAACAAAGAGGGGAAGCAAAGGUUCAAGGCAAAACUCGAGUUGGUUGAUAGCGAAACUGGUGAAAUUCAAAAGAAAACCUCAAUUAUUGAAAAGAACAACAACGAAGAUCAUGAAGAUCGCCCCAGCGCUCUUGUCACUGCAGCUUCCGAAGUCCUCUGGAAGGAAGACUUCUCCCAAGACGGCUGGGAGUCCCGAUGGGUCCAGUCGAGCCACAAGGACGAUUAUGGCAAGUUCGAGCUCGCCACCGGCAAAUGGAACGAGAUCAAGGGUCUCAAGACUUCCCAGGACGCCAAGUUCUACGCCCUCUCCGCCAGCCACGAAAGCUUCUCCAACAAGGACAAGACCCUUGUCGUUCAAUUCACAGUUCAGCAUCAGCAGAAAAUCGACUGCGGAGGUGGUUACGUUAAGCUCUUCCCCUCUACCGUUACCGGCGAUGACAUGCACGGUGACUCUGAGUACAACAUUAUGUUCGGCCCCGACAUUUGCGGAUACAGCACCAAGCGCAUCCACGUCAUCUUCAACUACAAGGGAAAGAACCAUUUGAUCAAGAAGGACGUCAAGUGCAAGGAUGACGAACUCACCCACAUUUACACCCUCGUCGUUACUCCAGACAACAAAUACAAGGUCCUCGUUGAUAACGAAGAAACCGCCUCCGGAGCUCUCGAAGAGGACUGGGACUUCCUCCCAGCCAAGAAAAUCAAGGAUCCAGAAGCUUCCAAGCCUUCCCAAGAAGAAUGGGACGAGCGAGAAGAGAUCCCCGACCCAGACGACACCAAGCCCGAGGACUGGGACAAGCCAGAGCACAUUGCCGACCCCGACGCCGAGAUGCCCGAUGAUUGGGACGAGGAAAUGGACGGCGAGUGGGAGCCACCAAUGGUUGACAACCCAGACUACAAAGGCGAGUGGAAGCCAAAGAACAUCAAGAACCCCGCCUACAAAGGAAAGUGGGUGCACCCAGAAAUCGACAACCCAGAAUACUCCCCCGAUGAUUCCAUCUACGCUUAUGACGAUUUCGGUCGAGUCGGUCUCGAUCUCUGGCAGGUCAAAGCCGGAACUGUCUUCUCCAACUUCCUCAUGACCGACAGCGAAGAGGAAGCCGCUGCCGAAGCCGCAGAGAUUCUUAAACUUAUGGAAGCCGAACAAGCUGCCAAGAAGGCCGAGGAGGAUGCCAAGGCCGCCGAGAGCGACGACGAUGAAGACGGAGAAGAUGACUUCGACGAGGACGAACUCGGAGACCUCGAUGACUACGACGAUGAAGACCUUGACGACAUCAUGGACGAGAUCAAGGACGAAUUGUAA